AAAUUGUUAAAUUAAACCACAAUUUAUAACAAUUAACAACAUUGAUUAUAGUAAUUUUUAGAUCAAAACUGUAUACUUUCUUAGGUUAAAACAAUUGAAAAGAACUUGUUAACUCAUAUUCUAAUUAUUGUUUUUACAAUGGGUGAUAAGAAGUAUAAACAAAGUAAGGCAGAUAUUGCUAAACAAUUUGAUUUGCCCGAGCGUCAAUCGAAGAUUACAACAUUGCUAAAUCAAGCUGGCCAAGCUUACUGCAUCUGCAGAUCGUCAGAUAGCUCUCGGUUUAUGAUAGCAUGCGAUGCUUGUGAGGAAUGGUACCAUGGUGACUGUAUCAAUAUAUCAGAAAGAGAGGCAAAGUACAUAAAGAAUUAUUUUUGUGAACGUUGUCGUGAAGAAGACCCAAGUUUGAAGACAAGAUUUCGACCACAGAAGAGAGAAAAUGAUGGUGACUCAGGUCGAGAUGAUAGAAAAAAGAAACGCAAAGAAAAGGAUCAUUCUGAAAACAAAUCUUCUAAAAGGUCUACGAAAGAUGGUUGUGGAGAUUGUUCGGGGUGUUUACAAGAAUAUGAUUGUGGCCAUUGUGAUGCAUGUGAGGACAAACGUAAAUUUGGCGGCAACAACAAGCUUAAGAUGAGAUGCAGACAGAAGGUUUGCACCAAGGACAAGAAGUCGCUGCGUCAAUCCAGCAGUAACAGAGUAAAGAAGAAGCACCACGAGCGGGAGACGUACGAGCUGGAGGAGUCGCUGGCGCACCUGCAGGCGGCGGCGCGCCAGUGCUACGGGCCGCAGUGCACGCGCGCCGCGCGCCCCGCCUCCAAGUACUGCUCCACGGACUGCGGCGUGCGCCUCGCCACCGCCAGGAUAUACCAGGUGCUGCCGCAGCGCAUCCAGGAGUGGUCGCUGUCGAGCUGCGUGGCGGAGCAGCACAACCGCAAGUCGCUGGAGGUGGUGCGCGGCGCGCUGGCGCGGGCGCAGGCGGCGCUGCGCCAGCUGGACCGCCAGCACGCCGAGCUGGACGCGCUGCUGGCGCGCGCGCACUCCGCCACCAUACUGCACACUGACGACAAGGAGGCGGACGACGAGACGUCGAUGUACUGCAUCACGUGCGGGCACGAGAUCCACUCGCGCACGGCCGUCAAGCACAUGGAGAAGUGCUUCGUGAAGUACGAGGCGCAGGCCUCCUUCGGCAGCCGCCACCGCACGCGCAUCGACGGACAGAGCAUGUUCUGCGACUACUACAACCCCCUCAACGCCACCUACUGCAAGCGGCUCAGGGUGAUGUGUCCGGAGCACUUCAAGGACCCGAAGGUGGGCGACAGCGACGUGUGCGGGUGUCCGCUGGUGCGCGGCGUGUUCUCGCCCACGGGGGAGUUCUGCCGCGCGCCCAAGAAGUCCUGCCUCAAACACUACCAGUGGGAGAAGCUGCGCCGCGCGGAGAUCGACAUGGAGCGCGUGCGCCAGUGGCUGCGGCUGGACGAGCUGGUCGAGCAGGAGAGGAGCAUCCGCCUGGCGAUGGCAUCCAGAGCCGGCGUGUUAGGUUUAAUGUUACAUUCGACUUACAACCACGAAGUGAUGGAACGUAUCACCAAAGUCAAUGAAAACGGCAAGUUGAAGGAGUCCUGACACCGGAUAUGACGUGACCGCACCUCGCAGAACUCUCGCACCGCACAGACACACACAUCAUUGUAACUUUGUAAUAAACUAAGAGCAUAAUAUAGUUUUUAACAUAUGAAUACGUGAAAUGAAUACAUUGUACCCGUUUUUAAGUAAACUGAAAACUCCAUAUGGUGAAAAAGCGCAUAAAACUAUUAAAAAAAAUACUUUAUAAAUUAUGGUAGAUUUUCGACCAAUGGUACA